UGCCGUGUGCAAUCCACAAGUAAUAGGAAGUCUAUAAUUUCUACGUGUGAGCCAUUAUUCUAGCUAAUUUGCCUUGUUUCAAAUAAAACUAAUACUGAAACUAAAACUGGUGUACCUUCUAAGUAUAAACUAUAAUAACAAUAAAAUAGAUGUGUCUAUGAGUUUGGUAAAUGUAGAUCUGGAUUCUAUACAUCUCCUUAGAGUACCUAUGCGACUGUAUUAGGAAACGGUUGUACUUCUGCUCUUACAUGACAAAAGCUGAUGAUCGACAUCAGGAUGUAUAAUCUGUUCAGUGAAGACGUUGAAGAUCGACACCAGGAUGUAUAAUCUGUUCAGUGAAGACGUUGAAGAUCGACACCAGGAUGUAUAAGCUGUUCAGUGAAGACGUUGAAGAUCGACACCAGGAUGUAUAAGCUGUUCAGUGAAGACGUUGAAGAUCGACACCAGGAUGUAUAAGCUGUUCAGUGAAGACGUUGAAGAUCGACACCAGGAUGUAUAAGCUGUUCAGUGAAGACGUUGAAGAUCGACACCAGGAUGUAUAAGCUGUUCAGUGAAGACGUUGAAGAUCGACACCAGGAUGUAUAAGCUGUUCAGUGAAGACGUUGAAGAUCGACACCAGGAUAUAUAAGCUGUUCAGUGAAGACGUUGAAGAUCGACAUCAGGAUGUAUAAUCUGUUCAGUGAAGACGUUGAAGAUCGACACCAGGAUGUAUAAGCUAUUCAGUGAAGACGUUGAAGAUCGACACCAGGAUGUAUAAGCUGUUCAGUGAAGACGUUGAAGAUCGACACCAGGAUAUAUAAGCUGUUCAGUGAAGACGUUGAAGAUCGACACCAGGAUGUAUAAGCUGUUCAGUGAAGACGUUGUGGGGUUUACUUUUUAUGCCUACAGAACUCCAAAUAAUGCUGUCAAUCAGGUUUUGGAUGAGGCAAAGUCAAGAGAUCCCAACAUUGAUAAGGAAGAGAUCGACUCAAGGAACUCGAAUGGGAACACUGCCCUCAUGUUAGCAGUUGAAAAAAGAGAUUUGGGAACCUGUCAGUUCCUGCUCGAGCAUGGGGCGAAUCCUAACGUCUUGCGGUCAAAAGAGGGCGAUUGUACUGCCCAUAAAUUGUACAAUACAGAGUUGAUCAGAUUGCUCAUAAGGCAUGGAGCAUUAUUCUCAUGCAGCGAAGGCCUAGAGGCUUUGGGGAGAGCUGUUUCAUGUAGCAUGUACGAGGAGAUCAUUGCAGGGGAAAACAAACGAUCGCAGACUGAAACUGAAGAAGAGUUUGAAACAGAUUUAAUUGUUGCCAACCAUCAUGGUAGAGAUGACCUCGUGACCAAACUCAUACAAAACAAAGUAUCUUUAGGGUUAACCAUUUUGCACACGCGCUCACCAGAUUUGUUAAAAAAACUGAUCUCAGCAGGCGCUGAUAUCAACUUCACAGAUACUUAUGGCAGCACCGCUCUUCAUAAAGCUGCCUUAUUCGGUCGAUUCGAUAUUGUACAACUUUUAGUUGAAGGAAAGGCUCAUUUAGACCCAGUAGAUCUGGACGGAAAUACACCCCUUCUUCUUUCGAUACCAACCUCUAAUGUUAUAAUCACUAAAGGUUGUUGUCUCCUACUUAGAUCAGUUGACAAAACGAAUUAUAAACAAAUAAUUUCAUAUCUGAUUGAAAAAAAUUGCAAUAUCAACUGCGCCAAUUCAAAAGGAGAGACUCCUUUAUUUAAACUAGUAAAAUCUGGUUUCUUGGAACAAAUCAAAGAGGUUAUUGCGAAAGGUGCAGAUAUUAAUUUUGUAACAUCCUCUGGAGACAACGCUUUACACUUGGCUAUAAGGGAAAACAAAAUUGAGAUAGUUGAAUGUCUUAAGGAAAACAAAGUUGAUGUUAAUAUCUUGACCACUAAUGGUGUUUCCCCUCUAAUGUUGGCACUUCAAAUAGGUAAUGACUAUGUUGCUACUUUGUUGAUUAAUGCAGGUGCAGAUGUGAACUGUAAAGAUGAUCUAGGACAGAGCGCCUUAAUUAAAGCAAUUUCAGGGAUUUACAAAUGGGCCAGUUGUGAAAGUGAAAAACAAAAAUACUUUAAAAUAGCAGAAGCUUUAAUAAAAGCAGGGGCCGAAGUGAACUGCACUGACUCCAUUCCAGCAUUGAUUCUCUGCUUAGAAAAUGAAAACUUUGACUUGGUCAAACUUCUCAUUGACCGAGGUUGUAAUGUCAAUGUUAGAAACAAAAAGAUGUUGACAGCUUUAAUGAUCUCUGUUGACAAGAAUCAGAAAGAUAUCGUUGAGAGGCUAUUGCAGGCAGGAGCGGAUGUCAAUGACACAGACUCUGAAGGAAACACGGCUCUUAUGAGAGCUGUGGUGAAAGAAACAAAAGACUAUCAAACGAGAGGACACUACCAAGUAAUUGUUCCAGUGCAAAAAUAUCUUGAGGACUCUGACGCAUUGUCAAUAGUACAUCUCUUACUUAAAUAUAACGCUGGGGUCAACGUUUUCAACAAAUAUAAAGAAUCAGCUCUAACCAUUGCUAUGAAAAGACCCACUGGAGACGUAGCCAAACUACUUAUUCAGAACGGAGCUGAUGUUAACAUUUAUGCAUCACCCUGUGAAGCGCCUUUGUUGAUAGCGGCAGCUAAAUUUGACUGUGCUGUUGUACAAGAAAUUAUGAAUUCUGUAAAAGAAGUCGAUCUCGUAGAUAAGAACGGAAACACAGCGUUGAUGAUCUUCUUAAAACAUUCACGCGGAUAUUGGAAGGCAGAUGAAUGCUUCAGACUGGUCAGCUCUUUCGUAGAGCGCAAUGCUAAGAUUGAUCACGUCAAUAAGCAGAAAGAAUCUCCGCAACAUUGUGAAAUAUCUUCUCCAUCAUGGUGCAAAUGCUAACCAUUUUGAUGGUGAUGGUAAUCCAGUGUUAUUUAGUGCAGUGAAGAUAAAUAAUGAAGAUGUUGUAGCAAUGCUUAUAGACCACGGAGCCGAUGUAAGAGCAUUGGGUUACAGGGCUAGAACGGCUCUAGUGGUCAGCUUGUUAAGCCAUGAACCUAAAAGUUUUCCAUUCGAAAAUGUUACAGAGGAGGGCCCUCUUUUUAAAAUAAUUCGACUGCUAGUUGAAAGCGGGGCUGAUGUUAACACACGAAGUGAAGACAAUGAAACACCAAUCCUUCUUGCAGCCUACUUAAACCAAUUAGCUGUAGUGAAAUAUCUUUUGGGAAAAGGGGCUGAUGCUAACGAUGAAGGACUCUGCCAAAGCUUGAUAAGUUCUUUCAAAAAGACGGAAAAAUCAAAAGAAAGGGAAGUUAAGCAAUUCUCAAAUAACAGCAUGCAGACCCCACCCUCUUUACAUUCAUAUAGCACAAGCUACAUGCCAACGAUUCUGGAACAAAAAAUAAUAUACCUCUCACCUAAACGAAAUCACACACCAUUACAAGUUGCGUUGAUAAUGGAACACGAAGAAAUGGUGUACUUUGUCCUAGAGACAGGUGCAGACAUUUAUGUACGUGAUUCACAGGGGAAUGAAGCUCUUCAUUACGCAGCGAGCUGCGCCAACAAAAAAAUACUGGGUUAUUUUGUAAACAAAUUUCAUGCAGAUGAUGCUGGCCACUGCAAAAGUAUUAAGAAAAUGAAACUUAAUUUUAAUUUAGACACAAGAAAUCAAAAAAAUGAAACUGCUCUAUUCAUCGCUGUGAAACGUAAUAGGCAAUCGAACGUGAAAAUACUAAUAAAAGCCGGAAGUGAUUUGAACGCAAAAUCCUGUUCCUGUCAAACACCAUUAGCCUUGGCUUUGUUUUGUGGUUUUGAUGAGAUAGCUCUUUUGUUGAUGCAACAUGGCAGUGACUUAAACAAUAUUAAUAAGCAUUGCAAUAAUGCGUUUCAGUUAUCUGUACAACACAGAUGUCUCUUAUCAUUUCACUGGUUAAUGGCUGCUGGUAUCAAUAUUUUUGAAAGAAAUCAUGUUGGAGGUACAGUUUUGCAUUAUUCAACAACCGUGGAAAUAGCAAAGUCUUUGCUGACUGCAGGGCUACCUAUAAACGGUAGAGACAGAUUUGGCAGAUCACCGCUGCACGUAGCAGUUUUAAACGGAAAUGUGGAUCUGGCAAUUUAUCUUCUGGAUAACGGAGCCAUGGUGAAUUCACAAACGUCUUUCGGAAAUACGCCCCUGCUACUAGCAACUAAGUUUUGUAAAAUACCCUUGAUAAGAAUAUUGCGAAACUACAACGCAGACGUCAAUAUGCAGAACAAACUCGGUUAUUCCCCUUUGCUUGUAGUCUCAAAGCAAAUAUUCCAUGGGGAUUGUAAGGAAGACACAUUGUUUGAAGAAAUUUUUGCUUUUCAGCCAAAUUUAGAUUUACAAGAUAAUCUUGGGCGAACUGCUCUGAUGUUUUUAGCAGGGAACCUAAGGUGGGAAUUUCGUAAACUCACAUCAAGUGGAGCUGAUGUAAACAUCAAAGACAAACAGAAAAGGUCAGCUUUAAUCUACUUUUUAAUGACCAAGUCUGAGAUCAAGGACUUUAACAAAUUUAUAUAUUUUAGCCUCCCUUGUCGUGAAGAUGCAUCUUUUAGAGUAAGAAGCCAAACAAAUUUAGAUCUGUGUCUCGAUACAAAAUACAAAUAUUUAUUGGAACAGUUCGCCUAUAGCAAAAAAUUGGACGAAACCAAUGCCCCUCUCAGCAUAGAAAAUUUGAGUCUUUUUCUGUGCAACGGUUUCGCCUACAACCUUGAAGAAUGUUAUUUCAAACAUUGCAAUGUGGAAACAUUUUUAAAAAAUGAUCAUCUUGGUGCGAUACAAAUAUUAAUUGCUACUUGUUACCUAUCGAGUAAGGACCUUAGAACAAUAUUGUCAUACAACAGAAAUACUUACGGGUUUGUGAGUCAUGAUAUGCACAGUCUUCUCACGGAAGCCAGUCAAAAUCCUUGGCCUUUGGCUAAACUAGCAUUCGUUGCAGUUUCUAGCCAGAUAGUCCAGAAAGGGAAAAACAUUUGGAACAGUCUUUUAUUCCAGAGACUAUUCAGGAAAUGUUCAAGUUUCAAACUAAGCUAGCAAGGUUGCCAGUGAAUUUGUGGGAGAGCAUUCCAUUAUGUUUUGACCCAACUCAAUAUGAGCAACGUCCAAUUCCCAGGCCUUUGCUUUAUUAUUGGCCUAUUGGUGAGAAUUUUGUAAAAACUCAAAUGGCUAAUGACUAGCAAUGAGAUUAUGUAAUUUGUAUUGUAAACAUUUGUUUAAUAACCGAAAAUAAUAAUUCAGAAGAAAAAAGAGUGAACAAUUUCAGAGUUAUUAACUUACGAAAAAAGUAACUUUUCAUAGCUAGACUGUCAUGUGUGGAUUUAAUGUUUAGAUUUUCUUGUCAUCUUCCUCUAGAUUGGUCGGUAGUCUUACAUUAACAUUGUUGUAACUGCUUUGCACAGGCUCUUGUAGUGCGCAACAGCUCACCAUUUAGAUAAGCCUGGGUUGUAGGUUCUAGAAGUUAUCAAGAAAGUGUUUGUAAGGUUGGUUCCCAUUCGUUGACCUUUCUUUUAUUUCAUAAAUGUAACAAGUCUUGACAAAAGCUGAAGGUUUGAUAAUGACACCAUCUAUGAAACUUAUAAUGAAAAUGAAAAAAAAGAGGCUUUGACAGUUGAUCCUGCACGCAAUGACUUGAGGACCUGAUUAACCAAUACUUGACAUUUGUCAGGACUUUGAUUAUUUAAUUGUUUUUAUUAAGUUGUCUAGGCAUUAAAAAUGUUAUUUUGACUUGCAA